AGGGCAACCCCCGUAGACAGCACAACAAGCGCGCUUGUACGCCAGUUUUAUUUUCUUUUGCGUGACGGCCGGCGAACGUACGAGCGCUGCUGGUGCAAACGCAACCGACUCAGUUUUCCAAAGCUCGCUCGGGCUGCCAGUUUACGUAAAAAUUCCGCCGGAUUCAAAUCGCUAUUGAUGGUGUGUAUUGCAGCCACCAGGUACGGUACUGUAGUUUCCGCGAUACCAAUAGCGAAUUGAAAAGCAGCAGAGUGAUCCAGUGAAUUGUGGUGAAUUGUGAGUGGAAAUUGAAAAAUUAGCGAAACGAAAAAGUGCAGUGCAUAUGUGGUGGAAAGGUGAAGAAUAUAAUCGCACGCACGCACGGAAAUCUAUUCAGCCGAGCCGAGUUUGCCGUUUUGAAUUUCGUGCCGUGCCGGUUGGUGUCGCAACAGCGCGCGAGAGAUAAUACGCGCGCGUGUGUUCCAGAAUCGUGCUAAUCGCGUGGGCCGUGAAGCCAAGAGCCCGUGUGUGUGUGUAUGAGUUUAUGUAUGUAUGUUUAGUUGCUGUGGCAUCUUCUUCAACAUUCCAUAACGUAGUAACGUUUGUUUGCGUGCGAGUCACUGACCACGUUUAUAGCCUUCUACCCUCACGCCAGGCGCAAAAGCCACAGCGACAGCAUUUCGAAAGCUCUCUUGCAUCGGCCUGGAAGGAGCAUAAAUCAAAAGCCGAGCCAAGCGAGAGCAAGAUAAGACUGCGUUGAUUAAGCUGCAACUUCGCUGCGCCGUUAAAGAAAGGCCGGAACAACAUCGACGUAAGCGAAAAGUGUCCGCGGUGCUCACGGCCGACAGCGAUGCGCUGCGCAUGGAUGCAACCCGAAGCGCAUAAAACACGUGCCUAGAGCGAUAGGCUGGCGUUGUAAUACCUUCGGUCGGUUGGUAAAAAAGUAAUGCAAAUGGAUAGUGAAAACCAUUAAGGCAAGGAAAGGUGUUCGAGCCAACCCGCAAGACAAAGCAAACCGGCACCGGAAAAGUUCCCGCGGAAAGGCGGUGAAAAUCGGUGCAAAAGUACGCCCCGCUAGUGAUCCGCUGAUUACGGAUGCGGAUGAUGGUGAGCCGGAUGGUAAGAUGAAGCCAAGAAACCUGGCCCGAAAGUGUACAGCGGAUCUUGACCGGGCAGCGUGCAUCAUCUUAUCAGCGCACAUCGGCACAUCGGGAAAAGUGAUGAUUAAAUAACGCGCCGCGUCAGACAAAAAUUAUUAGUGUGAGUGGUCAAAAAAAAAAGUGAUCGAAACAGGCCAACAGCUGGUGCUAUUAAGCCGUUGGGUUUUUUUUGCUAACUGAGGCCUGCAAAUAUCUUCCAUACUACCACGGAAGCUGUGGACGAGAUGAUGUCGCUUUCCUUCGAUUGAUAUUCGUGCUACCUUUGCCACGAUUGUCGCGACUGUCAGCAAUUGUCUAAGGGGGUAGAAGUGUCCCUCCGUAAGUGUUUCGCCUCGUUAAUCCUAGAGAGCUAGCCAGAGUGCAGAAUCGCGAAGAAUCGCAUCCAUUAAAUUUCCGUUUCGCUUCCUCUUGGGUUGAGUAAGUGCUUUCGAGAGCGAGCCGUGGUCAGUGGCGUUGUAGAAGAGCUUAAACGAAGAACAGUAAGCGUUCGGCCGGAAAACGACCGGGUCUUUAAUACAGUUAGCAAAAGUGUAGUUCAAGUGCUCAAGCUGCAAUUAAGAGAGUGAAGGAAAGUGCAUCUCCGGUAUUGAGUGUUUCCCGCUUCACUUUGCCAAAUUUGCCUUUUGCUAGAGUCACGAUCGUGCUAUAAGCAACUUCAAAAGUUAACGGAAUUUGGCAAAAGAAUAUCACAAAUUUGGCAAAAAAGUUCAUGUGAGUGUCGUGAAAAAAAAAACGAGUGUCGAAACACAAAAUCCGUGCUGGGUUUGUGUGUUUUGUAUCAGUGCUUUUGGCCACGCAAACAGGGCAAACAGGGUAUUGCCUGGUUUUUGCCACCGUAGUGCGUAGUGGUGCCCGCUUCAUUGCUACCGGCAGGACGCAAAAUCCGUUCAAGGUGUCGCUCAACGGGAAAAUGCGGGUCACGUCGGAAUCGAAUUCCGGCCCGCCCAGCCGUACGCCAUCCAUCAUGGACAGCCCGACGCUGGUGCGCGUCGAGCGGGCCCGUUUGCGCCAGGAAGCGGACAGCAACGGGACCGGACCGCGACCGGGUAGCGGCCAACGCGAGGACAGUCUCGAGCGCUGUCUGCUCGAUCCGAAGAAAUCUCUGCUUAUUGGACGUAUUCCGGUGGCCCAAAUGACUGGUCCGAUUAAACGAGGGCUGCUCUGGCAGCAGCGUGACCGUCUUUUCUCUCGCUGGAAGGAAAGAUACUUCAUCCUGACACGUGAUUAUCUCAAUUGUUUCAAACGAGCCACCGGAUCCGCGUCGGAGAAGAUUUCCGACAUGGGACAGUUUAUAUUUAAGAUCAAACUAGUCGACGUGGAGAAGGUGGAAUGGUUGAACCGGCGGUCGUACAGCGCGAUAGGCCUGCUUCUCGGUUCGCGAGAAGGACGCGUCCUGUUGCGCAGCGACCAGGGCCUGGAGGAUUGGUUCGAGCUGCUGGAGGAGUGCACGCUGAGCAGCAAGGAGCGGCGUCGUGCUCUUCGACUCACGCAAGGGCCACGAUCGCGCGCCUCGCUUGCCGCCCCCGUAUCGGCGGCCUCACUGCAGCACAACCACCUCGGGCUCGGCGGUACCUACUCGGGUGCGAUCGAGGACUGGCUGAUGUCGCGGCACCAGAAACCGGGCGGCCAACGCUUCAACCACAUCCUGCUGUCGGACUCGGUGCCCGACCUGAGCUCCAUCAACGAGAACGGGCUGUGCAGCGGGCUGCUGACGAACCACUCGACACCGAAGAAGGUGCCGAACGCGCGCCACAACCUGUCCGGCGGUGGUGCCUCGAGCAAUGGAUACAGCAGCCACAACGGCAGCCUGUACAAUGGGUUCCCCUACUCGCCGUUGAAGAAGCUGGCGGACAACUUUGUCAACGGCAACCACAGCUACACGCUGCACGACGAUCUCGAGGAGGAGGUUGAGCUGCGACGGGGCGGACGGUACCGGGAGAAUGACGAUCUGUACAGAAGACCGCUCGGACCGGGUGGGAACGACAGCAGUCGGCAUUCGUUCUUGACAGAUCUGGAUUACACCGGUUGUGACAGUGGACUCGAUACGCCACCAUCAACGCACCGUCCAUCGAGCUGCCGGGACAACAUUUACUUCGCGUCGGCCUACAACAACCAUGGCCACGGGUCAGGCUUCCUGGGCAAGGACAAGACAACCGACACCGGCAUCAGCUCGUCCCGCGGUACGCUUGUCUCGCCGGCGAGCAGCAUCCGCCAUGGGUACGUGAAUGUGCAGAACUUCAACGGCAACAGCGCCAACAACAACCACUUGAAUAGUUACGGCUCACGCUACAGCGUACAGGAGCAGAAGAUUCUGCGCGCCCGCAACAACACCGAGGACAACAAGAACUCGAUCCGCUCGGUGCGCGCGGAGUUCUUCGAGCAGAGCAAGUAUAACAGCAACGGCAGCAACAGCGCCCUUGCCACCAACAACAACAAUAACCACAUCAACAACAAUGGCGGCGGCGGCGGCCAUCAUCCGGCCGCCAGCCACUUCCAUCCACAUCACCACGUUGCGCAGCAUCCGAACGGUAGCAACGGUAACAUUCAUCAGCAUUUUAAUGGGCUGAACAACAACAAUCACACUGGCUCCACGGGCAGCACCGGUCACAACCACAACAAUAACAACAACGGUAAUGGCGGUACGCUGAACGAUCGUUCGGCAAUCCUGGCGACCAACAAUGGUAAUGGGACCGGAUCGCAGCGCGAUCGCUACCAACAGCAUCCGGCGCUGGCUGCGAUCAUCAACGAGUCGCAGGGAAUGAAAUUCAGAGAUCGUUCCUACUCCGAUUGUCAGCAGGCGCCACCCCGCUCACGCCAGUGGACCAGCAAUACACCGAGUCCGAAGCGUAUCCCCUUCCUGGGCACUCCACCGACCCGAGUGUAAUUGUUGUUUGACGAAAUGUCUGAUUUGGUGCAAACCCCGCAUUGUCCUAACCCGAAGAAGAAGCAGCUUACGAGCAGCCCGAUGCAACGAGGAUCGAGAGCAACGAAAACCGAUACCCCCUGAAUCCCCUAGCCCUUUCGAUUCCCUUCCCCGGCCUUUUUGCGUGGACACUUGAGCGAGUGCUUCUCUUUCUUCGAAGCUCGAAGAUUAGUUUGCGAGAGAAGAAACCCAUCAUCGUGUAUAUCCCAACCGCCCCCCGCCCCCCCCUUUAGGUAAUGCUCGCCACACCUUAGAACACUGGCACCACCGGCCCGUUUCUAGCACCAGUUUCUGUUUCCGUGCACAGUUUCCCAGUGACUGUGGCUUUAUCUCCGAAGCAAGCAUCCGCGAGCGAGCAUCCAGCAGUAGUUAGUAGUAGUAGUAGUAGUACGUUGUGUGCGGGAUAAGUAGACACCCCGUCGACUAUCGGGUCCCUAUCAGGUCGUUGUUGUUGUUGCGUUCUCGUUGUACGGUGUGCGUGUAGAGCGUUGUUAGCUUUUCUAGCUGUGUAUUUUGCUUUAAAGGGCAAAUUUGGAGCACAUUAGGCAUGGCAUAGUAAAACUAACGAAUACAAAUUUUUUGAGACAAUUCCCUCGUCGAAGAUGCUUUACAUUUUGCCAAAAAAAAAUCCUUCUCUUGUAAAGAGAACUUCGUCCAAGUCGUCCAGGAAGUCUGUGAAAGGGGAAUCUCCGUCCAAAACAAAAUGGAGAGCCUGGAAAGAAUAAUAGAACUUCACAGUCGAUGAGGCCUUAUCGCAUGGGGCCUCAUCCUCCACGCUAUAGCUACCAAGAGGCCUCAAAGAGUCCUUGUCGUCUACUUCUAUAAAUAAAUAUAGUGAAUCAGGCUAAAACUUAAGCUUUUAGGGUCAAAUCAACAGCAUCAACUUUCAACCCUAUAUUCGUUAUUUUUCUUAUGUGCUGCCUAACAGCGUUCCAAAUUUGCCCUCUUGGAGUCAAAUAUACAGACGAGCUAAAUUCUUUCUUGAAACUGGAAACCAUACUUCCGGUUAAGAUUUCCACGGCAAAUCUCAUUUUUCUGCGGCCUAUUAGACGUAGCAGUUUGCGUGUGCCCCCACUAUGAAUUAUCCAAAUAUGUAUGCAGCAUUAGUAGUGAGUGUGGUACUGUGGUGUGCGCUUAGGUAUAGAUUAUUUGGCUUCAAGCUUCAACGCUCGCCGAUGAUAGAAACAGCUUACGCGUACCGAUUAUUGUAAAAAAACAAAAAACGAAAGCAACUCCAAAUAAGUGUAAAUGAAUAGCCAAAAGUAGCAAAAACGAGCAAACGUUGCUUUAAGGCACCGGUAAUGGCGCUCUCGCUGUACAUGGCCUGCCUGUGUGGUAGAACGUUAGAACUUAAGUAGCUCCCAUUUGAUUUUACUGUCAGACGAUUGUCGGGCAAGCAAAUUUUGUUUUGUAAAAGCGCUAACGCUUAACGUGAUACGGUUGUGUUUCGAUGUUUAGCAAAAUCUGUAUACCUAUACAAUCGUCGAUCGAAACACACCUUCUUGCCUGUGUAUGAAAUUGGUCGAAAAGGGUAUAGCAACAACAAAAAAAGCAGUCUUUUCCAACCAAUUAUUGUAUAAUCUAGCAUGAACCUACUACACUACCUUACUAUACGAUUUUAUAUAUUGUUAAACCAACAUACACUCACGCACACGUAUAAUUCGCUUAGUCUUCGUUUGCCUUAGGCGCAAAUACAAUACAAAAAAAAAUUUGGUACUAGAAACAUCUGCCGCGAUAAUUAAGUUUACACAUUUCGAAAACAAAUGCGUGUUCAUCAGAUACAAGCGAGAGAAGAAAAAAACCCGUAGGAAACUUUAAAUAAAUCGAUGGAGAAAUGAACAAGAA